AAAGUGAAAGUGAAGUCGCUCAGUCAUGUCCAACUCUCUGUGACCCCAUGGACUGUAUGUAGCCUACCAGGCUCCUCCGUCCAUGGGAUUUUCCAGGCAAGAAUACUGGAGUGAGUUACCAUUUCCUUCUCCAGGAGAUCUUCCCAACCCAGAGUUUGAACCAGGGUCUCCCGCAUUGUUGGCAGACGCUUUACCAUCUGAGCCACCAGGGAAGUCUCUAGUUGCCUCAAGGAACCCAAAUUCAAAGGCAAGAAGAGCACUGUACUGCUCACAAUGAAAUGGACCUAUGAGAGCCAUCCAUUUUGAAGCAGAAAUGAAAGACUACAGAAAGGAAUGAAGAUCAGAAGAGCAAUAAGACAAAAGAGCAAUACCAUAGGGUCAUCAGCCGGCCUGGGGAAGUGCUGAGCACCUCGGUGCACCGGGGAUGAGCUGUCAGGAGCCUCCUGCGUCUCCAUGGCGACGCGUCACAAAACAGCCUCCACCGCAGCACCCAGUUGAGCUGGUGGAAAGCGCCCCGCGACGACGGCCUCUUGGAGCAAGAAUGGCAGAGCCUGGGCCGGAAGAUGCGUGUCCUUCUCAAUAUGGCAACAAGAGACGGCCAAUCAGAAAAGUACCAGAAGGCUAGGAUAUACAUAUUCACUUAGUGAUCCUAUUCCUAAUCAAACACAGUACAAUGAUGAGUAUGUCUGGAAAUCAUAUUCUAAAGAGGAUUCAAUCAAUGUUGGGACUUCAAGAGGAAUCAAGAACCACAGAUUUUACCCUAGUCAGGACUUCUUUCUCUGGACACUACCUCAAUCAACAACCUCAGUAAAAAGCUACUUUCCUUGGAAAAUUGCUGCAUCCAUGGAAGAGGUUCGGAAGGCAAUAGGAAAUCAGUUUAUUUCCAUCACAAAGAGAGACUUUGUGGACCGAUCGAAGGAUCCAAAGGAUAAACAGCGUUCUCAGAUGUUUAUGGAAUGGAAAAAGUUAGUUCCCCGACCAGCAGACACAGAAUUUCGAAGGAAUUACCAAAUUCCAGCUAAAAUUCCUGAGUUACAGGAUUUUAGUUUCAAAUAUGGAUGCUACUCAAGCCUACCCAUUGCUUCUCAAGGUCUAGUCCCUUCUGUGCUGUAUAGCCACAUGAGGAGCCAAGAGCGUACGAAGAAGCAGUCCAUUUACCAAAGUGAUUACGGGAAAGCCUACCUAGAUUUCUUGACGAUUCUGAACUCAUUCAGCCCGUCUCAAGUCACAGAGUACCUUCAGGGUGUUUCCUACAAAGAAAGGCAGAUUCUUGAUCGCUUUUUUCGCUCUUACUGUGAUAUGGGCCAAAGAAUGGAUAAAAAAGAAAAAUAGUUCAAAUGAAGAACAUCUGAAAGUAACUGAGUUCUUUUCUCAAUAAUCAAGAAAAAAUAAGAUUCAAAUUGUUCUGAAUUAUAAUUUCAUCAUGACUUUGUGUAAUUUUGUUUUAUUUUUAAACAAUAAAAUCAUUUAAGGCUGAAAAUCAUCACUUGCCUCCCAACCUAUUCCCACUCGAUUUUAACUGUAUCCAGUGAGUUUUGAUAUAAUGUUUUCUCACCAUUCUCUUUUGGACACUUACUUUGUGUCUUCAAUUCUGGUUUCCUCUUUGAACCAGGAAUUAUGUGGAAGAGGUUUCUUAAUUUUUCAAUA